AUGGACCAAGACAAUACCCACAGAUGGCUAAACCGAGGGCUUCAUAAUCGCAGCCCAGGAUCAAAGCCUCCCAACACGCUGGUACCAACACAACAUCCUCAAGAAGCCUAACUUGGACCCAAAAUGUAGACUGUGUGGCCGUUUCGACGAGACCAUUGACCACCUGGUCUCUGGCUGCCCUGAACUGGCUAAAACUGAAUAUAUUCACCGCCACAACAAGGCAGCUGCACACAUGCACUGGAAGAUCUGCAAAGAGUUUGGCAUUGAAGUGAAGGAACGAUGGUAUGAGCAUGAACCCAAGACUGUCACUGAGAAUGACAGCGUCACUAUUCUGUGGGACAUGCCCAUCCACACUGAUAGGACCAUAGCAGCUAAAAGGCCGGAC